AUGUAUGUGCACUUGCUUGCCACUCACAACGGGAAGGAAACUACACCGAACAGUUUGAUGGAAUCAACAAAGAAGCUCUUUGAAGAGGCUGCAAACAUCACAGUGCCAUUGGACGCCAAGGUGCCCGAAGCCAUCGACGUGCAACUUGGGCAGACAACUGUAGCCAGGAAGUUGAAGGGGUUGAUCCUCACAAACCUAUACGCUCCCACCACCAUGGGGAAAAUCCCUGAAAUUCUUCACGCGACAUUCAAGGGUGAAUGGACACGAAUCAUGGAAGAGCCCCAAACCGAUAUCUGGGGUCCGUGGAACUUGGGCAGGCACUCAAUGUUUGCCAUAUCCUGUGGAGAUUCACCAUUCCGCGUCGAGUCGGUAGAUGAUCUCUAUUCUAUUGUUCAAGCUAGCUUGGCUGAGAACUCCUUUGCCGACUACUCAGCUAUGCGCCGUCUCGCCUGUACUAGAUGGCCGUUCAAAGCUUCAGAAAUCCUUGACGCCAACAAGAUUUUAAAUGUGAAGACUUCCAAGCCGAUCCUCUUCACUAAUACUCGAUACGACCCUGUCACUCCUCUUGUGGGUGCAUAUACAUCUGCUUCUCGAUUCAGAGGAAGCGGAUUUCUUCUCCAUGAUGGAGUUGGUCACGGUGUCAUGAACCACCCAUCCAAGUGUAUCAUUCAAACUAUCAGAAAGUAUUUCGAUGACGGGACGCUUCCUCCGACGGGUACCAUCUGCAAACCAGGAUUGGAAUAA